CUCGAGUCGGAUCUAAUUUCUGAAGGGUUCUAGUUCUAGGGUUCAAGUCGUUCGCUGAAUUUCUGAUUUUUCUCUUUGGAUUGUCGACCACGAUGACCUCCAUGGCUGCACUCUCAAGAAAGCUCUGCCGCUCUCUGCUGUCGAAUUCAAGAGCUUCUCAUCACCCCGAAUUCCUCUCCAUGACCUAUUGCACGAACAACAGUUCCUUCCGCUCAGGCUCAGAAAUCGGUGACUCCAGUAUUGACUCGGACAUGGACUCGGACUCACAUUCAGUGACUAAUCGACCUUCCGUCUCACCGUCCUCGUCCCAAUCAUCAACCCAGACGAGGAUGAUCUAUAAUCGACCACUGGAAAAUGGCCUCGAUGCAGGCAUUUACAAGGCGAUAUUGGUUGGCCAGGCUGGGCAAAGUCCAUUGCAGAAGCAGCUGAAGAGUGGGAGAACAGUGACGCUGUUAUCAGUCGGGACGGGUGGGAUUCGCAACAAUCGGAGACCCUUGGCGAACGAGGAACCCAGGGAGUACGCUAAUCGGUGCGCAGUUCAGUGGCAUCGGGUUUCGGUUUAUCCACAGAGACUGGGCGAAAUUGUCAUGAAGCACGUUGUGCCUGGUUCGAUUUUGUAUUUGGAGGGGAAUUUGGAGACCAAAAUUUUCACAGAUCCGAUAACUGGUCUUGUUCGACGUAUUAGAGAAGUUGCAAUUCGUCGCAAUGGCCGCCUUGUAUUUUUGGGCGAUGGAGGAGGUAACGUUCAGCAGUCCACUCAAUCAGAAUUCAAAGGUGUUGGCUAUUACUAAUAAAUCUUGCUUGCAGUUUUGUCAUCUGAAGGUUUGAAUGACCCACUUUUCCCUGUAAAUGUUGUGAUUUCACUUCAAAAUAGUUGCAACAAGGCAUUCUUUAAAUGAUCUACCAAGUGGCCUUUUGAUAAUUCCCCCUCUCCCCACCUUUGGUUAAGUGACAAAUGUAUCGGAUAUCUGUAUGAUUUACAUGAAUUUGAUUGAGAGAGAAUUGCAAUCCAAUUUUUAUUUUUUUCCAA